ACCAUAUUAUGUUAUUUAUCUAUGGUCCCUACUAUUUGACAUAAUUAAAUUUAACCUCAAAAUCUUAUCAUCAAAUUUUGUUAUUUUGUUUAUUUAAUAUGGGAUUUUAUGUCCCCUCAUUUUGUCUUUCGUAAAUAACAAUGAGAAAAUAUCAACAACUCGUACUACUGAUAUUUUCUUUUGUCAGCUUAAUAUUAGUUCUUGUGUAUCGUCAUGAAUAUAACAGACUUCACUAUGUUUUAGAGGUAUUCAAUUUUUUUGGAACUCCCUGCAAUUUCAGUCGAUUAAAUACAAGCGAUAAAUAUCCAGAUCAUUUUGAUUGGGGCCAAAGUCCAUUAUGGCAAGAAUAUGGUGAUUAUUAUGUUUUUUCAGCCUUUACUAAUGAAAGUUUGGCACAAACACUGGUUGUUAACAAGAAGGUCACAAAAGUACCAAAAAAAUGUUUUCUUUGGUUUGAAAACAAUAAUGCAGAAGUAGGAGAGAUGAAUUCUCUCAAGAUUGCAGAAGCUGACAAUUUGGAGGCUUAUAUUUACAGUUGCAGAUUGAAAUCUUUUAAAACACUACCCUAUGCAGUGUCGUUUGGUGUCAGGUCUAAAUAUGUGUCCCCUAAAAAAAUUAUAUUAACAUACAUUGAGAAGAGAUCUAACCCUAUUACAGCUACGUUGUGUGUGCCACCUUCUAGUUAUAAUAAAAGGAAAUUAAUUGAGUUCAUAAGUUUCCAUAAAUUAAUAGGUUUCAAACAUUUUAUUUUCUAUUAUGAUGAUUUACCAUAUAGCCUGCUCAGACUUCUGAGCAGCUUGAGUGAAAUUGUAGAUGUUGAUUUAACUUUUUUCCCAUGGAAUUUCCCUCUUCCUUCCUCCAACCUGAGCAGGACUAUAAUAGAAAGAGAUUGCUCAUUGCGAACAUUUAGUAAAAGUAAAUCUUACAUUGUAUUAGCUCUAAGUGAAUAUCUGAUUCCUCUAGAUUCAUAUGGUAUAUAUCCCCUUCUACAGAGCAAUUUUCAUUCGCUGGAUCAAAUAAACAUUCCUGUUCAAACAAUUUGUAUUCAGCAAAAUCGUACAUUCCUUCCUUUAAUUGUACAGAAUAUCAAUUCUUAUAAUGAUGGUAGUGUGAGAAUAAUAAAAUUUCACUUUAAUUUUGUAAAUAAGACUGAAAAUAUUGUUGAGAAUUCACCACAGAUGGUUAUUCAUGACUAUAAACAUUGUGAAGGAUAUACCGGUCGAUUUCUCGAGAAUAAAUUGAUGGAUACUUAUUCCACUGACCUCAUAAGGUCUACACUCAUGCAGCUACUUAAAGAUGGACAAAUUUGAUUUGAAUGUAUUGUAAUUAUUUUAAAUUUCAUUGUAUAACUUCAACCAGUUUAUAUUUGUACAUAUACAUAAAUAUAUAUAUUUGUACAUAUUAUAUUAAAGUACCUAUAUUUCUGCAAUCUUCUGAAGAAAUAAAGAUAAUUUUCGUGCAAGUUA